AAAUAUGCGAUUUAUCCAGUUGAGUGAACUAAAUAGAAAUGGCGGAAAUAAGAGAAAUGGAAAUUUAAGAGCAUCUUCCACUGCCAGUUUAUAUAAAAUCCUUUACUCUCUCCGUCUCUGAUCAGCUUACAAAUCUGUUUGAUCCAAAAAUGUCAGCCUCCUUGCAAUCUCCGCCGUCUUCAGCUAUCUCCUCCACAUCUUCGCUGCUUAAGGGAGCAAGAAGAGGUUCUUGGAAUGCAGUAUCGUUCAAGUUGCAUCCCUCUUUUCGAGCCUUCUCUUCUUCUCUUGACACUGGUGCAACCACUGAAUUAGAUGCUGUGUCUACCUUCAGUCAGAUCGUUCCCGAUACCGUCAUCUUUGAUGAUUUCCAAAAGUUCCCUCCAACUGCUGCUACUGUAAGCUCUUCCCUCCUUUUGGGUAUACUAAGUCUGCCAGAUACCAUUUUCAGAAAUGCUGUGGAUAUGUCCCUGGCGGAUUCAGGGUGUGCGGCUUUGGAAAAUCCUGAUUUGAGGUUGUCUUGUUUUGCUAACAAGGCUCUAGUGAAUGUUGGAGGUGAUCUAGCGAAAUUAGUGCCUGGACGAGUUUCAACCGAAGUAGAUGCGCGGUUGGCUUAUGAUACUCAUGGCAUUAUCAGGAAGGUGCAUGCCUUGUUGAAGUUGUACAAUGACAUCGAUGUUCCUGCUGAACGUUUAUUGUUUAAAAUACCUUCAACUUGGCAAGGAAUAGAAGCGUCAAGAUUAUUGGAAUCUGAGGGCAUACAGACUCAUUUAACGUUUGUUUACAGCUUUGCUCAAGCAGCAGCUGCAGCUCAAGCUGGUGCUUCUGUUAUUCAGAUUUUUGUUGGACGCCUUAGGGAUUGGGCACGGAAUCAUUCUGGUGACUCUGAGAUAGAAGCUGCUCUGAAGAGAGGAGAGGAUCCUGGUUUGGCUUUGGUGACGAAGACUUAUAAUUAUAUCCACAAAUAUGGUCAUAAAUCAAAGUUGAUGGCAGCGGCAGUUCGUAACAAACAAGAUUUAUUCAGUCUUCUGGGGGUUGAUUAUAUCAUUGCACCACUAAAGGUGUUGCAGUCUCUUAAAGAGUCUGUAACUACUCCUGAUGAGAAGUACUCCUUUGCUCGAAGGUUAUCUCCGCAGUCUGCUGCUGCCUACAAUUUCAGUGAAGAAGAGCUUCUGAAGUGGGACCAGUUAGGCCUGGCAUCGGCUAUGGGACCUGCAGCAGUGGAGCUUCUAGCUACUGGUCUUGAUGGCUAUGUUGAUCAAUCAAGAAGAGUCGAGGAGAUGUUCACGAAGAUUUGGCCACCUCCAAAUGUGUAAAAUUUUCAUGUUUAAUUCCGAAAGACAUAGGCUUCAUGGAAUAAAAAGGAAAUGCAGGUUCACGAACUUUUUACUCAAAAGUGUUCGGAGCUACUGUAUAGACAUCAUGCACCCGAUCCACAUUUUGGGAUAAUUAUGAGUUUUGAACUAAACACAUUGUAUAAAGAUUGUCAUUUUGCUACGUGCGAUUGCUUCA